AUGAACUUUCCUGCCCUUAGUGCAAGUAGUCGUGUGCGAAAGACACGGAAGCACGCUGCUGAGGGUCUUAAAGAGUACGAAUUGUCGAAGAAAGCCACUGCAACGAUUGGAAGUGGAAAUCUUCGCAAAGCGGUGAUGUUACCCGAAGGCGAGGACUAUAAUGAAUGGCUUGCUGCAAACAUCGUGGAUCUUUUUAACCAGAUAUGCAUGCUUUACGGCACUAUUGCUGAAUUCUGUACCCCUGAAAAAUGUUCAGUCAUGUCUGCCGGAUCUAAAUACGAAUAUUAUUGGACUGAUGCAAAUAAAAAGCCUAUGAAGUGUAGCGCUCCACAAUACGUUGACUACUUACUAUCUUCGGUUCAGGUGCAGCUUGAUGACGAGUCGUUGUUUCCGUCAAAAAUUGGGGUACCUUUCCCAAGCAAUUUUCUACAAGUCGCUCAGACCAUAAUGAAACGAUUGUUUCGAAUUUAUGCGCAUAUUUAUUAUCAGCAUUUCGACGACGUUGAACGUUUGAAGGAAGAGCCUCAUUUUAACACGUCAUUCAAGUUUUUUACGUUAUUCGUGCAAGAAUUUAAUUUAAUCGAACACAGAGAUCUGCAGCCUUUGCAAGAUAUUAUCGACAAAUUGGUUUGCUAG